AUGAACAAUUAUCAAGCAAUGCUGUCCAUCCUCGACGGCAAGUGCCAGGAACGCUCGCUAUCUGGUAGAGAUGUUCCUAACACUUUGUGGGACGUUAUGCUGGCGUGCUGGCGCUUUGAGCCGUCUCGGCGUGCUGAUGCUCUUACGGUGCAACGCCAGCUCGAGGGUGUCGAUCUUUCUGGCUAUGUCGAGCCACUCCCACCUUCAAAUCCCGGCGUCAGCACAUCUACAGACUCACUACCAUCUUCUGAAUCAGCUCCUACUCCCCUCGAUGCAGCAGUGUUCAAUAAGUCAUUGCCACCUCCACCCACCGAGGAUUCUGCCGCAUCGACUGCCGGCGAGCCUCCGCUAUCGCCUUUGCUAGUACUAACAGUUUCAAACCUCCCUAUGCCAGGCCGUAGCUCAACAUGGCGUCAUCCAAGCGGCGAUGGCGUCAUCCAAGUAAACAGUAAGGAUGCCGAUUAUACGCCCCCCAGUACACCGGAGGAAAUAGAUGUCGCCGCCAAUGGAUCAUGUAACAAGGAAUUGUCGCAGGAGUAUUGGCGUCUCGAACCAUCUAAGAGUGCCGAUGCUCUCACAACGCAAUCCCAGCUUGAGGCUGGCGACCCAUCUUCACCUCCUGCUCCCGACACCGACAUAUCUGCUGACUCCUCGCCGUCAUCUGAGUUGACACCUACUCCACCCGGUACCAAAGGGUUUAGCAAGGAAUUGCCGCCUCUGCCCGCCGCGAAUUCUGCUACAUCUACUGCUGACAGACUUCAAGUUUCGUCGACUCCAUCGACCUCGCGAAGGAUAUCCAUUUCCCAUAUGCCUGAUCACAGUUUGACAUGGCCUCCUUUGACACCCAAUGAUUCAACCGUAGGCCUUUCUACUCCGCCGAUGACAUACAUUUUCCAUGUGCCAGACUACAUUCCCGCGCGACCUUCGAGUUCCGUACCCCAGGGUCACUCGCCCUUACUAGUCGAUGCUGCAGUAGCUCGCUCGACCGAGACUUGGUCGCAGGACCUUCGUGGCUUAUUUGAGCACGCUAAAGACUACUACCCUAACGUUGUAUGGAGGAUCGCUGACGGCUCCAUAGCGAAGGUAUGGGGUCAUUCUGCUAUUGUCUGGGCUCGGGUACCGUUGGCUCUACAGGAGAGAUAUUUUCCGUGGAUAUUACCUUCAACACCGACUGCCUCCCCUGUGCGGAUCAAUAUAACUGGAAAUAAGGGGGACGCAUUCGAACGCCUGUUUCACAACAAGUAUCGCGGCAUCACGCAUAUAGAAGGGGAUCUGAGAGACAUGCUGCGACAAGAUCUCCUCUCCAUGUGGCGUUGCCAUCUCCACUCGGAUAUUCGUAUCGCUAUCGUUGCAACAGGUUUCCCUGACAGCUCAGAGAAACAAACUGACACUGUUAUGCUUCCUGCGCACCGAUUCAUGCUUGCGUCUCGAUCGUCCUACUUCCACGAGCAGCUUCGGAAGAUUGAACGGGUAUCCGGCGAAUUUACACUCAACCUGCCAUCGCCGCCAUUCACGUCGCUCUCCAUUUAUUUUAUUCUCGGAUGGAUCUACACCGGCACACUAGCCUUUUCGGAUCAGCAAUGGGAUCUCGCCAUUGCAUUCGAUAUUAUGCGAUGUGCGAUGUAUCUACAUAUCGAUGCUCUGUAUGACGAAAUCCAAGCGCGCGUCGUGAUGGAUAUGAUGCACGGGUUCUUCUAUCCCUUCCUCCUCUUCAGCGAAUACGACAGUAUCACCGGCAAUGCAUGGGGGGCGGUCGGAUGCAAGUGUAUCCCGUGUAUGCAACGCGCACCCCGCAUCCUCGAUUUCUCCCUGGAGGACGAUGUGAAGAAUUCAUAUCUCGAACGCGGUGCGCGCCGUGCCCUCACUGCAUAUUUCGGCGAGGGAUGGUGUACCACGGAGUUUGUACACUUGUCGCCGGAAACUCGUCUGUCUAUCCUUGAAGAGCUCACGAAGCAUAUGACACCGCUUAACGUGUUUCCGCUCCUGUACUCCUUCCACGCCGGCAUCAAGAAAAUCGAGGGGGUCGAGGAACCUUGGGCAGAUGUUUCGCGGGAAUUGCUGCUUACUGCCGCUAGUAAAAUCAGUCAAGUCCUUUGUGACCAGUCGGCAGAGUGCUUCCAGCAGGAGAAGUGGCUUGACCUCAUGGAUGCAUACGGUGAAGAUGUGGAACGCGACAAGAAGCUGGGACAGAUCACAAGUGCCAUCCGACGCGGGCUGAAUGACUCAAAUGCUUCAAAGCUCUACCAAUCGAUGCUGUCACACCCUGGUGCGACCCCGUACGUCCGGACGCAAGUCGAGCAAACCGCUGAGGGUAUACUAGGCUGGGUUUGCUCUCUCCUCAAGUCAUCUGGCAAGCGACUGAAUGCAUUGCGUGCAGGAGUCGAUACAAGUGACGAAGAACUAUUCCACCUUCUGAACCAAUCUUUUGCGGUAAAAAACAAUAAGGCGCGUCGGCGCUUCGGGCGUAGUAAAGUCUCUCGUGAAGACGCUAAGAUCCCAUGA